CAGUGAAUACGGAACGCGUGAAGACGGCUCCCAGCGGAAUUUAAUAAGAAAAUAUAAAAAAAAUAAUUACAUAGACGGAAAAUUGAAGGCGUAUAAAAAGUAUAAACAAUCUAUGUGAACUUUGUAUAAACAAAAGCUCAAUUCAAGCCAAAAGCGAGCAAAAUAUAAGUUAAGAGAUAUUUUUUUGUGGCACGCUUAUAUUGACUUCGAAACCGUUGGAAUUUCUGUGUCAUUUCUACUAAAAUAGCAUCCGGACAUGUCAGAGCCCGCAGCCCAACAACAGCCGUCACAGAAUGGCAAAGAGCGUUCCAAGUCAACCGAGGAGAAAGAGAUACCACGCGAACCGGCGCUGGUUUGCAAAGACAUCAAUAUAAAGACUGAACUCGAGUGCCUGGUCAAACUGUUGGAUGGCAAAAUUUCCAAAGAGGAGGAAGUAGCCAUGGAGGAGCUGCAUCAGUAUUUGAUUGAGGACGAUGGCUCCUGGGCGUUGGGUGAUAAUUUUUUGGUAUUUGUACAGCGUGUGCUGCGGGAUGUUCAGUCCUUUUCGCCAGAUACACGGAUACAUAUGCUACGCACUUUGGCUUAUGCGGCCCUUAAAGAUGAUGUGAUCAUAAUACUGCACCAGGAUCGCAGAGAUCACACGCUAAUGAAUUUCGCACAGGAUAUUGACAAGCAUACACCCGAGGAGCAGCAGGCGUGGGCCAUGUUUACUUGCAAUCUUUUCGAGAAUGUUGGUCCCUCCGAAUGGCUGCUGUACAUUUCGGAGUGGGAAUACAAUGGCCAGGCCAUAUCAAAUAUACGUGUCACCACCAAGGUGGCCGUGCACUGCAUACUCUCCAACUGUCCGCAGCUGAAGAACAUUGGCUCCAUGAUCCUGUACAAUAUCGCCAUCAAGGAGGUGAAGACUGUGGUUUUCGACGACGUUGCCGUGGAGCUGGCCAUGGCCAUACUGCAGUUCUUCCAAAGCAGUCCCAAUGAAGACCAAAUCUUUCGCACGCUGAAGGCGCUGGCACGUUUCCUUGAGGUAUCCCCGGACGUACAGAUGAUUAUUCAAAUGAUUGGACCGCAUCCAAAACAAUUUGCUGGCAAAAGCGAACGCGUCGACGAGCUGAUAAAGAUAAUUAGUCGCAAAGUGCCCGCCUAGGAGCACAAAUAGUUCAUAAA